AUGCUGCCUUCCAGCUUCGUCACUAAGCUGCAUACCAUAAAUGCCACGGGAAUGAAAGCCCGAUCGCCCAAAGAGAUAGCCAAGCUCGUCAAUGCUGCACAAAAUGACGGGAUUUUCUACUUGGACCUUUCAGAGGACAAAGGCGCUCAGAGUUGUCUGACAAACAUGAAGUCGCUUACUCGUGGUCUCUUCGCACUAGCGACCCGUGAUAAAGAGUACUAUGAUAUUGACAAGUUCGGUGAACUAAAGUUGAAUGGCUAUAAGCCAGUUGGACGAAACGUUGGAGGUAUCAAAGGGACACGAGAUGGGUUUGAAAGCUAUGCUGUUGGACAAGACGACAUUCUAUCGUCUACCUCGGGGCAUGCUCCACGACCCCAGAUAAUGGACCAUCAUUUGCCAGACCUAGAGCACUUCACUACCACAUGCCUAUCUCUUGCCCAUGAUAUCCUCAGUAUUCUUUCCGAUAAUUUAUGCCUGUCGGGAGAGCAUACCUUGCAAUCAUUACAUGACAUUCCGCAGUCAGAGUCUGGUGAACCAUCAAUGAAUAUCGUCCGUAUGCUGAAGUACAUGCAUUGUGGCGAGUCUACGUUACAUGUGCCCCAACAGGCUCACACAGAUAUGGGCUCUCUGACCUUCCUCUUUGCCGAUACCCCCGGCCUUCAAAUAUUGCCUUCCGGCAGUACAGACUGGCUGUACGUGCCCCCUCAAAGUGGGAUGGCUCUAGUCAAUAUUGGCGAUGCUUUAAGUGUUCUCUCCAGUCGCCGAUUCCAUAGCGUGUUGCAUCGCGUUGCGUCACUGCCAGGGAUGGGCAUGGAAGAGCGAUACAGUCUUGCAUUUCUAUUACGACCAGCACGAUCAACGAUUAUGUGGCCACUGGAGGGUGACCCAGGGAUCUCACAAGGAAAAUAUACAUGUGCAGAUUGGAUGAAAAUGAAAUUCGAGGUUUUGAGAGGGCCUGGGUCUAACAAAUUGGAUUAUAUUCAGCCGGGGAAAGAGAUCCAUGGGGCUUGA